CGCCCCUCCCCAGUGGAGAGCAGCUUUGGGCCAGCAGCGGCACCAGCAUCAUGUCUGUGUGGCUCAGCUUCCUCCUCGUGCUCCUCUGCAGCUGGAGCCUGAGCGACUUGGUGGCGGAGGCUUGUACCUGCCUCCCCAUCCACCCCCAGGAUGCUUUCUGCAACUCUGACAUCGUCAUUCGAGCCAAAGUGGUGGGGAAGAAGCUCAUGAAAGAUGGACCUUUUGGAACGAUGCGAUACACCGUCAAGCAGAUGAAGAUGUACAGGGGCUUUGACAAGAUGCCACAAGUUCAAUAUAUCUACACAGAAGCCUCAGAGAGUCUUUGUGGGGUCAAGCUAGAGGUCAAUAAGUACCAGUAUCUGAUUACAGGCCGUGUGUAUGAAGGAAAGGUUUAUACUGGCCUGUGUAACUUGUAUGAGAAAUGGGACCGACUGACUCUAUCCCAGCGCAAAGGACUAAAUCAUCGUUACCACCUCGGUUGUGGCUGCAAGAUUAAGCCCUGCUACUACCUGCCCUGCUUCGUGACCUCCAAGAACGAGUGUCUUUGGACAGACAUGCUCUCCAAUAUCGGCCAUUCAGGGUCCCAAGCAAAGCACUAUGCCUGCAUCCGACAGAAGGAAGGAUACUGCAGCUGGUACAGAGGAUGGGCGCCUCCUGAUAAAACUAUCAUCAAUGCCACAGAUCCCUGAGCACAGUCCCUUCCCCAUUUCCUUUCCUCCCUCCCUUGUGGCUGAGCUUCUCUUGGACAAUAACUCCUACCAGAUCAUGAUGAUGACAAUGAAAUUAGUGCCUGUUUUUCUUGCAAAUUUUAGCACUUCGAACACUUAAAAAAAGAAAAAGUCUAUGCUGUCAUACUGAAUUUGUUUUUAAUCACCUUUUUCGAUUCUGAGAUCACCCAUUUCAGUCAGAUUAUAUUUGUCUGGGAACGUUCGUUUGCACACCGGAAAAAAAAUUAUGGAGCCCUUGCUCUCUCUAUGUAUCAUUAUCUAUAGCAAUAUAAUCUAUAUUUUUUUAGGAAAACAAAAAUAUAAAAACUAUCCCAGUUGGGCACUAUAUCCUUCUUCCUUGCCCUGGCUUCCCCAAACCCUCUUCGCACACACACUGCACAAAUUAUGCAGAUUGAAGCUAUUUGAAGGGGAAACUGGUUUAAUUAACUAGAUCAGUAAAUAAAGCAAAAAAACCCCAAACAAACCCCUAUUCAAAUGGGGAAUUGAAAGUGUGAUUGGCUCCAGAAGUGGGAGAACUCAGUUGGUGUUAAGACACUGCAUUGUCUGGUAAAAGCACCAGGGACUGAAUGUCCUCCUUGCUUAUUCAGUCACAGUGUGAAGGAUAGAGCACACUGGAAGUUCUGGGGUUCCAUAGAACACGAAGAGAGGUUUAUUAUUAUUGUGAGGUUUUUGAAAUAAAACCUGCAUCCUGGGAGGUAAUUCACCUAAGUACGUACAAUACAGCAGGUGAAAUGCUGAGUUUCUCUCUUUUAAACAGAGUUGCUCUUGAAAUUUUUGCAGUUUAGCUCCCACAGAAAAAUUCCAUUGUGAACAUCUUAAACCAAACAAAUGAAAAUUAUCAACUCUAAAAAUAAAUCAGUCAAUCCCACGGCGAGGGGGAAAGGGGAGACUCACUAGGGUUUAUUGCUAUAAGAAAUCUAUUGCCAAAAUAGUGUUUAGCUGAAGUAAGAUGUAUAUACACGUAAUGACAUAAGCUAUUUUUGACAGGACGUGGAAUUAUUUGGUGUUAUAAACAAUGAAUGCUUUGAUUGUGUUUUAAAACAGAAAUCUUGACA